UCAGUAACUCCCCAAACAUGGCCAGGCGUAUACAAUCCCGGUAUAUCUUUGAGACCGCGGAGGGCAUGCGAAUUUUCCGACAUCAGCGGUUUGUAAAUGGUUCCCGGAGAGCGGAUUGUCCCACCUGCGAAACUCGUACACCAGUGGACGAGCCGUACAGUCAUCACUGGCACAACGAUGCCGCAAACAACCGGAGUCACCACAUAAAAAUCGGUUCCGAGGAGCAAAAGAUCCUGAAAACAAUUGAGGAUCAGGACAUUGAAGUGUUUAUGCUGUGCGAUGGCAGCAUCACGCCAAGGACGAAUGACUUUUUGUUGGACGCGGGCAUGGAUGCAGUGCCUCAACUCUUGCGAUUCCUUAUUUUUGGGACUGAAAAACUGGAGGUCUGUGUUGGAUUCUAUGUGGACGUGAAGCAGGAGAGAAUGUAUUUCGAGAGCAGUCCCUUGAAUAUUGAACACCAUUUGGAUAUUGGCGAGGCAGUGGACAUGAUAUUCUCCAUGCUGCUGGAGAAGAUUAGCAACUAUGUGCUGCUCCAUCAAAGGGUUCCCCUGGAGGCCUGUGUUAUUAAAAGGAUGAAGGUGACUGCCAAGCGACACUUGUAUCCACCUAAUGCUACUUGUGUCUCCAAGCUUCCCCUACAAUAUCGGGUGAAGAAUGCAGCCGGAUGCCUGGAACGUGGUGUUAAGCAGUCCUCCAGUGACCUGGCCCUGGUUGCUGAAAAUUACCUCAAGCAUGGAGACAAAGGCCGAUCCAUUCCAGCUUCUUUAAGCAUAAAUAUCUACUGCUUUCGAGUUUGCACCACCACCAAGGAAUUGUAUACGGUUCCUUAUCUCCUUCGCGGAGAGGAUGUGGAAAACACGCCCACUUUCGUCCUCCAAACAGAUGUGGUGGGUGGCUUUCGAGGUCUUCUUGAGAUCCGGAAUAUAAGGAAGUUCCUGCGACCGGAUAAACAGGAUCGGGUCUUCGAGUGUCGGCAGUGUCAGUCGCAUUUUGUGGACCGAGUGCACUUUGCCCUCCACAAGCAGAUAGACUGUGGCCGAAAUUUCAUGGUGUGGAAUAUGGACAAGGAUGCCAUCGAGUUGCAUGAGAACUGCAUACCCUUGCCGAAGGAUUACUUUAAAUACGAAUGGAUAGGACUGGCCAGUAAGGGAAAGUAGUCGAGGGAAAAUCUAAAAGUAAAAGUAAAAACUAAUAAGGGAAGCUUACUUUUGAAAAUGGAUCAGUAUGCCGGAUUGGAAAUCAGUUAUAUUUAAACCAAAAAUGCAUAUAAAAACGUUUUAAAUUGUAUAAAUUUCGAAUUAAUAAAUCAUAUAUCAAUUUAUAUAAAAAAAUCUGUUAAAAUCUAGGGAAAUAGGUUUAAACAAAAAGAAUUAUGUUUUUUGCAUGAAUUCAAGCUUUCAUUAAAAUAUGAAUGGAAAAGUUGAAUUUUCAUUGGCAGGGAAAACAAA